GUAUUCGGCGAAUCGAACGAUCAAUUGUCGAUCCUUUUAUCGAUAAAAUCGACGCUGAUCGAUCCAUUGGAUAAUCUGAAAGACUGGAAAUUAGUAUCGCCGGAGUACUGCAGCUGGAGAGGAGUGCAAUGCAGCUCAAACAACGGCCUAAUCGAAACCCUCGAUCUCUCACACAUGAAUCUCUCCGGCAAAAUCACCGACGAAAUCCAACGGUUGCAAACCCUAACUUCACUCAAUUUAUGCUGCAAUCAAUUCUCAAUCCCACUCCCCAAAUCGCUAUCCAAUCUCACUGCACUCAGAACCGUCGAUCUCAGCCAAAACUUCUUCACCGAUGAAUUCCCCGUCGGAUUCGGAAUGUCGCCGGAGCUUACAGCUGUCAACGCCUCCGGGAACAAUUUCUCCGGCCAACUCCCCGGCGAUCUGGCCAACGCCAGCCUGCUCGAAAGCCUCGAUCUCAGGGGGAAUUUCUUCGAAGGAUCCAUUCCGAAAGCUUACAGGAGUCUCACGAGGCUGAAGUUCCUCGGGCUUUCGGGGAAUAAUCUCACCGGCGAAUUACCGGCGGAAAUCGGCGAAUUGGCGUCGCUGGAGACGGUUAUUUUCGGGUACAAUUCGUUCGAGGGCGGAAUUCCGUCGGAGAUUGGGAAUCUCACGAACCUCGUGUAUUUGGACCUGGCGAUAGCAAAUAUUGGCGGGAAAAUUCCUGCCGAGCUUGGAAAGCUGAAGAAGCUGAGUACGGUUUUCUUGUACCAGAACAAACUCGAGGGAGACAUUCCUCGAGAAAUCUGCAACAUGAGUAUGCUGCGGUUUCUCGAUCUGUCGGACAACAUGUUGUCCGGCGAAAUUCCGUCAGAGAUUGGUGGAAUCGAGAAUCUUCAGCUGUUGAAUCUCAUGUCGAAUAAUCUGUCGGGCUCGGUUCCUCCUGGCAUUGGAGGAUUGGCUCAGCUGGAAGUGCUCGAGCUUUGGAACAACAAGUUUACGGGAUCCUUGCCGAGCGAUUUGGGCCGUUUUUCGCCUCUUCAAUGGCUCGAUGUCUCUUCGAAUUCAUUCGCGGGUCCGAUUCCGACUUCUCUCUGCGAAAACGGGACCCUCACUAAGCUCAUCCUAUUCAACAACAACUUCUCCGGUCCAAUCCCGGAAAGUUUGUCCAAAUGCGAAUCGCUCGUUCGAGUCAGAAUUCAUAAUAACCGUCUUUCCGGCUCGAUUCCGGUCGGUUUCGGAAAACUACCGAAACUACAAAGGCUUGAGUUGUCAAACAACACUUUAACAGGACAAAUACCGAGCGAUCUCUCUUCCUCCACUUCUCUCUCCUUCAUCGACGUAUCGAAAAACAAACUCCAAUCAUCCCUCCCUUCUUCGAUUCUCUCAAUUCCGACUCUCCAAAACUUCGCCGCCUCGGGAAAUCAAUUGACCGGAGAAAUCCCGGAUCAAUUCCAAGACUGCCCUUCGCUCGCCUCGCUGGAUCUCUCCUCAAACGGCAUCUUCGGGAAUAUUCCGUUGAGCGUCGCCUCUUGCGGGAGAAUGGUCACCCUCAAUCUCAGGAGCAACAAACUAAGCGGGCCCAUCCCGAAACAAAUCGCAACAAUGCCCACAUUGGCUGUCUUGGAUCUAUCCAACAACUCUCUUACAGGAGGAAUCCCCGAAAACUUCGGCAAUUCUCCGGCUUUGGAAACGAUCAACGUUUCUUACAACAACCUCGUGGGCCCCGUUCCGUCGAACGGAAUCCUCCGAACAAUCAAUCCGGAAGAUCUCGUCGGAAACCCCGGCCUAUGUGGCGGCAGUGUGCUUCCGCCUUGCUCACACACUAAUGCAGCAGCAGCUUAUACAUCACAAGAACAGAAUCUCCAUGCAAAACAUGUAAUAGGAGGGUUCAUAAUCGGAAUUUCCACGCUCGUAGCUCUAGUGAUAGCAGGUGUGGGAGCUCGGUCGAUGUACAUGAGGUGGCGAAACGGUAAUUGCUUCGAAGAAAAAACGGGAAACGGGGAUUGGCCGUGGAGAUUGAUGGCAUUCCAGAGGCUCGGUUUUAAUACCAACGAAAUUCUAUCGUGCAUCAAGGAAUCGAACGUGAUCGGAACAGGGGCCACUGGAACCGUCUACAAAGCCGAAAUACAGAGAAUAAACAAAACCGUUGCAGUGAAGAAGUUAUGGCGAUCAAGAAUUGAUCUCGAAACGGGAGGACGAGGUGAUAACCAUGAUCUUGUGGGGGAGGUAAAUUUGCUGUCACGUUUGAGGCACCGGAAUAUUGUGAGGCUCGUGGGUUUUCUUCAUAACGACACCGAUUCGAUGAUAAUAUACGAGUUCAUGGAAAACGGAAAUCUUGGAGAGGCUCUGCAUAAAACGGGGCGGUUGCUUGUGGAUUGGGUUUCGAGGUACAAUAUAGCCGUUGGAGUUGCGCAGGGGCUGGCCUACCUGCACCACGACUGUCAUCCACCCGUGAUUCACCGGGAUGUGAAGUUGAAUAAUAUAUUAUUAGACGAGAAAAUGGAGGCAAGAAUCGCCGAUUUCGGUUUGGCAAAGACGAUGAUGAAGAAGGACGAGACGGUUUCCAUGGUUGCAGGCUCUUAUGGCUACAUAGCCCCUGAGUACGGUUAUGCGCUGAAAGUUGACGAGAAGAGCGAUAUAUACAGCUACGGAGUGGUACUAAUGGAACUUGUAACGGGGAAGAGGCCGUUGGAACGUGAGUUCGGAGAAUGUGUAGAUAUUGUGGAAUGGAUAAGACGGAAGAUGAGAGAGAACAAACCUUUGGAAGAAGCUUUGGACAAAAACCUCGGAAAUAUCAAACAUGUGCAAGAAGAGAUGCUCUUAGUACUGAGAAUAGCAGUUCUUUGUACCGCAAAGAGUCCGAAGGACAGACCUUCGAUGAGAGAUGUUCUGACUAUGCUCGGAGAGGCGAAGCCUCGGAGGAAAAGUAGUAGCAACAGUUAUUACAGUGAAGUGAAUACUACUAGUAAUAACAAAGACAAUAAGCCCGUGUUUAGCACGUCGCCUGUACAUUAAUCAGCCUUGGCCUUCUGUCGAUGGUUUAUAUAAUUUGUAACUAGAAGAAUGUUUUAAUUUUUUAUUUUAUAUUAUUUUUUCCUUGUACGUAAAUUGGGAUGCAUCGACGGCCUCAGAUACGAAAAACGGUGAAAUAAAUUCAUUAAACAUAUAAA